GAAGCGGUGAGGGGGGGCCGGGGGGGCUGCGGCUCCGCGUCAGGGCGUGUGGCUGCCGGGCCGCCCGCGCCCCUGUUCCCGGGGCAGCCAUGAGGGGAGGCCGCUGGAGAGGCGAGGAGAAGCGGCGCUGGAGCGCUCGCGGGCACAGGCACCGGCCCCGCGGGCGCAGGCGGCCCGGUCACCGCCCCGAGAGGUCUGAACAGGAGGAACCACAAACCUCAGUGAAUGCAGAGCCCAGCAGCAGUGGAAAUCCUUCUUCAUCCAGUUUAACACAGAACUCCGUAGUACCAGAACUGCCAGGAUUUUACUAUGACCCAGAAAAAAAUCGCUAUUUUCGCCUACUGCCUGGACAUAAUAACUGCAACCCACUCACCAAGGAGAGUAUUCAGUACAAGGCAAUGGAGAGUAAAAGACUGAGACUCUUAGAAGAGGAAGAAAAACAAAACAAGAAAACAACAAGGGCUGGACUAAAUUCAUCCAUCCUGUUACAGAAAAGGCAGCUAGGUUUGCUCAGCUCCACAAGCUAUUGCAGGAUGGUCCAUGAACUAAAAGUGAACUGCAUGCAGAGGAGGAAGAUAGAAAUUCACAGUCCAGAUUCCUCGGUUGCUGGAACCAACAAUUUUAAAAUAAUUGUGGCAGAUGUCGCUUGUGAGCGGAUAUUUACCGUGAAUGACGUAGAGCACGGAGGAUGUAAAUACGGAAUCAUCAACCUCAGUGGUUUGGGGAAGGAGUCUCUCACUGUAGAGAUGUAUGACAACCUCUACUUCACGAACCGCAAAGUGAAUUCUGUGUGCUGGGCAUCACUGACUCAUCCAGACUCCCAUGUUUUGCUGUGUCUCAUGGGAAUUGCAGAAACUCCAGGCUGUGCCAGUUUGCUUCCAGCAUCAUUGUUCAGCAGCACUAACCCAGGAGAUCGACCUGGAAUGCUGUGCAGCUUCAAGAUAUCUACUGCCUGGUCCUGUGCUUGGUGCCUGAAUCCACAAGCAGACAACUGCUUCAGCACAGGCCUGACACGACGAGUUCUCGUGACCAAUGUAGUGACAGGGCAUCGACAGACAUUUGGAACCAGUAGCGAUGUCUUGGCACAACAGUUUGCCACACAGACCCCGAUGCUGUACAAUGGCUGCCGUUCAGGUGAGAUUUUCAGCAUUGAUGUGCGUCAACGCAACCGCAAGGGCCAGAGCUGGAAAGCAAUCCGCCUCUUCCAUGACUCAGCAGUUACAUCUAUUCGGCUUCUUGAGGCUGAACACUACCUGAUGGCAGCAGAUAUGGCUGGGAAGAUAAAACUCUGGGACCUGAGAACAGUAAAGUGUGUGAAACAGUACCAAGGUCAUCACAAUGAAUAUGCUAUUCUCCCUUUGCAUGUAAAUGAGGAGGAAGGACUUCUUACAGCAGUUGGUCAGGAUUGCUACACCAGAAUUUGGAACCUCCAAGAUGCCCGUCUGCUUAGAACCAUCCCUUCUCCCCACCCAGCCUCCAAAGAUGCUAUUCCCAGUGUGGUGUUUUCUUCAAGACUUGGGGGUAGACGAGGAGUCCCUGGCUUGCUCAUGGCUGUCAAACAGGAUCUCUACCACUUCUCCUAUAACUGACACAAUUGAUACUCUUUUCAGACCUAGUCUACAAAGCUGCCAGCCUAUACGUGAAUUCAGAAUAUUUACGCUGAUCACCAGGGACAUGGUUUAGUGGGUAACAGUGGUAGUAGGGUGAUGGUUGGACUAGAUCAUCUUGAGGGUCUUUUCCAACCUUAAUGAUUCUAUGUCACUGAGUCACUAUGUGCUGCUGUGAAAUUCAGAACCUCCACUAGGUUUGGCAAAUCUUGCUGUAUAUAUCUCAGACAUUUUGUAAAUAAAAGCUGACUGCUGAUUAA